AUGAGCAAGGAAACCUCAACACAAGAAAUGAAAGAUGUAUCAAAACUACAAGAGGAAGCAAAGCCUCAACAAGUGAAAAAGGAUUCACAAGACAAAAUAGAAACUUCAAAAGAGAAGAAUAUCAAGAAUAAGAGGAAGGAGGAACCCCAACUACCGGUUUCUGAGUCGCCACGGUCCAUCACAUACCAUUCUUCCGGCGGCUCAUUCUCCAGCAGUGAGGCCCCUCCAGUAGGCGCAACGGCGGUCAAAAUGGCGCAGGACGAGCCGGAUAAGGUUGAAGAAGGCAUAGUGGAUGGGGGUCGAAAUAGUGGUUACUUGAUGUCCAAGAAAGAGGCCAAGUUGAGCAUGGUAUUGCUAGGGCUCAGAAUUGCUACAUUUGUGUUGUGUUUGGUUUCAUUUUCAGUGUUAGCUAGUGAUACCAAUAAAGGGCCAUUUUCUUACUCAUUCUACACAUAUAAGGAACUCAAGUAUGUUGCUCUUCCCUCCUCCUUCCUUCCUAUUGUGUCAUGA